AUGGACGUCCCCCUUUCUUCUGCCGCAGAUUCGGCCCAAAACCCAACAGACGUGGACCAGCCUGCCGCUCUUGGUGAGUGGGACUGCAAGGCGAACGACGUCAUCACGUUCAAGCUCGACAGUGGCGGGCAGGCGGGCGAGUGGGGCGUGUUUGGGCCGACCCUGACGCAUCAGGUGUUCGAGAACCAGCUCAUCCGCGGCUACAAGCGCCCGCGGGUGUCGGUGCUCUACACCGCCGACUCCCUGCUGGCCUUCCUGCGCUUCGACUACGACGAGAAGCGUUUCCGCACGCCCCUGGCUCGCGGGGAGGAGCAGCAGGUCAUCACCGACGUGCCGGGUCUCCUCGCCAAGUGGCUCCCUCCCUCCGGCGUCGCCUCCUCCUUCGAUGACUUUGCUCGCGAGGUGGGCAGGCCGUUCGAGCCCCCGGGCGACAAGAUCCACUCCUACACGGUGGAGAGUAGCGGUGGGAGUGGUACGAGCGCGACAGACGACGGGACCACCGUCGAGUACGAGAUCCGGAAGGGCUCCUUCGCCAUGGAGGACCUCCGCCAGUACCACGAACGGAUCCAGCUCUUCCUGAUAUGGUUCAUUGAUCGCUCCUCCUACAUCGACGAUACCGACCUCGAUUGGGAACUCUACUUCAUUUUUGAGAAACGGCGCACGUUCGGAGAGACACGAUACAGCAUCGUGGGCUACGCCACGGUGUACCCCUUCUUCUCGUUCCCAGACCAGCGGAGGCUCCGAAUCAGUCAAUUCCUCAUCCUGCCGCCAUUCCAGAAACAAGGCCACGGAGAGCAACUCUUGCGGGCGAUCUACAGAGAAGCAUGGGGGCGAACGGGUCUGUACGAAAGCGUCCGAGACAUCACCGUGGAAGACCCCUCUCCCGAGUUCAAGCUCCUACGGGACAUCACUGAUCUUCGUCUGUGUCUCGAGAGUGGCUUCCUCAAGGGCGUGCCGGGCGACAAGAUCGACCCCGAGCAGCUGCGAGCGGUGCAGAGCCGAUUCAAGCUGGCCAAGAGUCAGAUCGAACACCUGCACGAGGUCCUGCGCUACGUGCACCUGGACCGGUGCGACGAGCAGGUCGUCACGCGGUUCCGGCUGUCUGUCAAGCGACGACUGCACAAGAAGUACCAGGACUGGCUGGCCGGGUUCGAGGCCGGGGAAGCACGCAAGAAGGAGCUGGACGACAUCUACCGCGAGGAGAUCGAGGGCGUCUACUCUUCUCUCGCCCGCCGGCUCCGCACCCACCUGCCCCCUCUCCCCCACUCACCCAAGUGA